AUGGCACAAUUUUCACCAUUUUCUGUACAGGAAGGGAUCUCAGAAGUUUUUGGUAAAAUAAUUCCAACAUCGAUAUCAUUCGAUGACCAUGGUUACAGCAUAAAAACAGUACAGGUAACAUUAGGAGCUGAAACAUCUCCUUUACUAGAUAAGAGAACAGAAGCUGGAUCCUCUGCUCCAGUCAAAAAGCUGCUUGAUGAACCAGAGACUGUCACCACUAUAGACACUGGGUAUGAAUACCUUUACAAUGUGGCCUGUCUGAGUGAUGAUGAAAUCUGGACAAGAGGAAAUGAUAUAACCAUGAAACUCUACAGCAUCAAUCAGGGAUCACUACUCAAGUCAAUCACAACCAAGUCAGGGAACGGCCCGUGUGACAUAGCAGUUACAAAAAGCGGAGAUCUAGUUUAUACCGAUCUCAAUGAUAAAACUGUGAACAUUGUGAAGAAUGAGAAGAAGAUAGAGAAAUUGAUCAGACUACAGAACUGGAUACCUAGCUUUGUCUGUAGUAACUCCUCUGGUGACCUCCUGGUUAUCAUGGAAAAGAACAGGAACCUGGAUAUCUGUGUGUCUGACUAUAAAGUUAGAGCAAUAGUGGUGGUCAAUCAGGCUGGGAAACUGAGAUUUAGGUACACUUGA